CAGCAGCAGCAGUCUCAGCAGCAGCAGCAGCAGCGGCAACAGGCACUGAGGCAGAUGAUGUCCGACCCACAGGUGCUGAUGCAGAUGAUGGGGAACCCUGAACUGAUGAGGCAAGUGGUCGCCAACAAUUCUCAGAUGCAGCAGCUCAUCGGACAAAACCCUGAUGUGCCGCGCAUGUUGAGUGACCCUGAGUUCAUUAGACAGAUGCAGAAUCCUGUCAUGCUUUCGUUCCUGACCAACCCUAGAGCCAUGCAGGCCCUCAUACAGGUCCAGCAGGGCCUGCACACCUUACAGACGGAAGUCCCUGGAUUCCUCUCCAGGGCAAAAGGCGGGGUCCGGUCGGACCGGUCAUCAGUCCAUCACAGUCCGUCUCUACGAGGACUCAUCGUCCCAACCACAGGGUCCAGUUUCCCUCCACUGAACCCACUGCUUCCUGCUGCAUCACCAGGAGUCCGUCCCUCGCAGCAACAGCAGAUGUUACAGAUGUUUGCAGACGCGGCGCCAUUUCUUCAGGCUCCUCAGCUUCAGGCUCCUCUGCUUCAGGCUCCUCAGCUUCAGGCUCCUCAGCUUCAGGCUCCUCAGCUUCAUGCUCCUCAGCUUCAGGCUCCUCAGCUUCAGGCUCCUCAGCUUCAUGCUCAUCAGGCUCCUCAGGCUCCUCAGCUUCAGGCUCCUCUGCUUCAGGCUCCUCAGCUUCAGGCUCCUCAGCUUCAGGCUCCUCAGCUUCAGGCUCCUCAGCUUCAGGCUCCUCAGCUUCAGGCAGCAGAGGUUCGUUUUCAGCGUCAGAUGGAGCAGCUCCACACCAUGGGCUUCAUCAACCAGGAGGCAAACCUGCAAGCACUCAUGGAUGCAGGAGGGGAUGUAAACGCAGCCAUCGACAGACUAAUGAACUAA